AUGCCCCUUGCUGACGUGGACCACCUCAGUGAUUGCGAGCCCCUCGAAGAAGCUAUGAAAAAGCCAUCGACGGCAAAGGUGCCCAAGACCUUCAAGCCGACCCCGAAGUUUGGGCGCCUCAAGCUCGAUGGGACUGUCGAUGCUUUCAAGCCUGGGAGCUGGCCAUUUCGGCCAAGAAAGAAACUGGUUAUCAAGUUGGAUGUGAAGAAGCCACGGAAGGAUGCCAAACUCCCUCGUAAAGGGAAGCUGGUUUGCGGCAAAUCCCUGACAUUGUCAGGGUUCGGCACGAUCCGCUGCUUUUCAGCAACGACGCAAGCCAACACGAAGUUCCUCUCAGUCAGGGGCAGUCGUGACUUUGCGACCCAAGUGUUCCAUUGGGUUGACUAUAAGAAGGCAGUUCGAGAUGCCCAGCAAGUCCCCGGCAAAUUUGUCACCCCAGAGCUCGGCGAGUGGCUCCAUGGCAUCCCUUUGGGCUGGUCUAACCCUGAACCGGACAGUGUUCAACAAGACCCGAAGCUGACUUUGCCCUGGCUCACCUCUUGCCCGCACCGAUAUCGCGUGGUGAGCCUCUUUGCCGGCAUCCUUGGCCUGGAUCUAGGCCUGUCGCGGUGGGUCCACUCCAUUGGAUUUGUUGAGAACAACCCCUACUGCAGGAAGGUGAUUGCUUCCAGGAUCCAAGAUGGCUUCUUCAACAAGGAUUCGGUGGUGCAUGAUGAUGUCACCACCUUUAAGAUGUCACAGGUGGAACAUUUGUCUCCCGAUGGUCUCAUUGGUGGAUGGCCAUGCCAGGGUGCUUCAAAGGCAGGCAAGAAGCUGGCUCUCAAAGACAAGCGAACCGCUUUGCUCACUGAAAUCUUUCGGCUUUGGGAUUCUGCACCCUAUCUGAAAUUUAUGAUCUUGGAGAACGUGGGAAAUGUGCUGGGCAAAGAUAUGGUGGAGAUCCUCGAGUACAUCAAGCAGGCUGCCAUGCGGCGUUGUCUUGAUCUGCGCUGGGCCUCUGUGACUGGCCACAUGGUUGGAGCGCCAGUAUGGAGGGAGCGGACCUUCUUCAUGUUUCGCCGCGUUGGCUUCAUCUUCUUCAAGGCCAUGCCGUAUGUGGUCCCCAACGAGGACUUGAAGACUUGGCCCCAGAAUGAUUGGAGUGAGUCUGUAAAGCCACCCCUGAAGUCCUGGUUGGCCACCUCCAGCACGCCGCUGGCACGAGACCGCCUCAAGGCUGUUGGGAACUUGGUGAUGCCCAGGGUGGCAUACAUGGCUGUGAAUAUCAUUGGCCAUCAUCACCUUGAGGAAGGGGAACCCUCGCUAAACGCUGGGCUCAUGUUUCUUCUAUUCAAAAUUCAAGCCAUGCUAAUAUUGGCUUGGUUAGAUAGAUCCUGUUAG